AUUUUCAAAUUGUGAGUUGGCCUAAGCUUGCUAGUUCCUCGCCAGUCGCCGGUUUGUUGAUUAAAUCGAAUUGUAUUAUAGGAAAAUUAUAAUCGUUAAUAGAGUAAUAAGAUAUUAAAUCGAGUAACUUUUCAAAAUUCCGUUAAAUUUUAAUAACCAUGGCUGUUAACAGUGCCACAUCGUUUAUAAUAUCCUCGAUAUUGACACUCCUGCUAUUUUCUGGAAUGCAGAUGUAUAAACCAAUUCUCGUAAAAUCACCAAUUACUAUUAUAUUUGGGGGUUAUCUUGGAUCGUUGAUGUUCAUGUUUUUUGUGACUGCAGUUGGUAACUUAGAGGCCACAUUGUUUGGCAAAAACUUCCAGUUAAAAUUGCCUGAAAUUGUUAUUUCCAUGGCAAUUUCUCUAAUUGCAGCUGGAAUGGUGCAUAGAGUUUGUUUCACUACUUGCUUGAUAUUUUCUCUUAUCACGAUUUAUUACAUGAAUAAGCUGUCCCAGAAAACAUACAGUGCUGCUACACCAAGUCCUGCACCAGUGAAGAGUCGUCGUCACAAAUAGGGUUAUUGAGGAAUGGCUGAAGAAUUAUUAUUUUUAACACAUCAAUCAAAAUAAAAGAUAUUUUCAUAA